CUGACUUAAAUAUAUUAUUAAAAAAGAAUUAAGUACCCAUUAAUUAGAAGAUUACAGGUUGAUCCCAUUUUUGCAGCUAUAAAUAGCAAAUAAACUAGCUACUAAAAAUCAAGAACAGCAAAAGAUGGCGUCUUCUUCCCACAAACUCUCAAUCUUCUUUUCUUUCUUUGUAGCUCUAAUCUCCAUCACAACCAUUAAUGGAGAUCUCAUAGAUACUGUCUGUGCUAAGACUCAACGUCCUCCUUUCUGCCAGCAAACCCUAAGAGCUGACCCUCGUUCCAAGACAGCUGACCUUAAAGGGUUAGGGUUCAUCUCCAUUGAUAUCACAACAAAGCAGGCCAAUUCAGGGAAGACCCUAGUCCAGUCCCUUCUGAAUGGGGCCGUUGAUCAGAAAGUAAAGUCAGCACUCUCUUCUUGCUUGGAGAACUAUGGGGACUCCAUUGAUACUCUUGGGGAGUGCUCAGAUGCUUUGAAGUCUGGAGAUUAUGGAGGUUUAAAUAUCAAAGCUUCUUCUGCAUUGGAUAGCUUUGGGACUUGUGAUGAUGGGUUCUCUGAUUUCUCUAAGCCUGAGCCUCCUCAGCUGAAAGAUGCUAGUUCUAAUUUGCAAGGAAUUUGUGAUAUUAUUUUGGUUAUUAGCAAUCUUUUGAAGGCAUAGAGAGUGAUUAUAUUAAUUAAUAGUGAUUGCUUUGUUUUCCACUAUAUUAUGUCAAGUUUUAGGAAGUGGGUGUAGUUUUAGAAGGCAAUAACGUUGUAGUGGUGCCACAAUCAAUAAAUUUUGCAUGCAUGCGUAGCGGUUAUAAUUUAAAGAAAUACGAUCAUAGAAUAAUACUCGGAAGAUAUCCGAAUUAUAUUACAUUGAAUUAGUUUGAGAUUAUUGCUAUUAUUAUACGUAGUAUAUAAUUCCAUUAUAUUGUCU